AUGCGGUCGAGCCUCACCCAUCUCGUGCCAAUUCUGGCGCUGGCAGGUGCUCCCGCGGCACAUGCUCUCACUGAUGCGGAUUUCUACGGCCAAUCGCCCCCUGUUUACCCAGCCCCCCAUGCCAAAGGUCUCGGCAGCUGGGCUUCCGCGUUCGAUGCCGCGGAGGUUCUGGUGGGCCAGAUGACACUGGAGGAGAAGCUCAACAUCACCAGCGGCUACACCAACCCCGCCAAUACUUGCAGUGGUAACACUGGAAGCGUACCGAGGCUCGGAUGGCCAGGCUUGUGCCUCCAGGAUGCGGGUAACGGUGUGAGGGCUGCGGACCUCACGAACUCCUAUCCCAGCGGCAUACAUGUCGGUGCCAGCUGGGACCGAAACCUGACGUAUCGGCGAGGGCUCGAGAUGGGCAAAGAGUUCCGUAUCAAGGGAGUCAACAUCGCGCUGGGGCCCGUCGCCGGCCCACUAGGACGGACUGCACUCGGAGGGCGCAACUGGGAGGGCUUUGCCGUCGACCCAUACCUGUCAGGGGCGUUGAACGCGGAAACGAUCAAGGGCAUCCAAGAGGCUGGGGUCAUGGCGAAUCUGAAGCAUCUCAUAGCGAACGAGCAAGAGACCUGGCGUCGGCCUUACAACGACACUGAGGCUGCGUCAUCCAAUAUUGAUGACAAGACUCUACACGAGCUGUAUCUUUGGCCUUUUAUGGACGGAGUGCGUGCAGGAGCAGCGAGUGUGAUGUGCUCGUACAACCGGGUCAAUAACUCGUACGGCUGCCAGAACAGCAAGCUGAUGAACGGCCUCCUGAAGACCGAGCUCGAGUUUCAGGGCUUUGUCGUCUCGGACUGGAACGCCAGGACCGGUGGGAUAGCUGGGGCUCUCGCUGGGCUCGACAUGAUCAUGCCUAAUGGAACUAGUUGGGCUGGCAACUUGACCGAAUCAGUUAAGAAUGGCACUAUUUCUGAGGAUAGAGUUACCGACAUGGCGAACAGGAUUCUUGCCGCCUGGUAUUUGCUGGGUCAGAAUGAGACAAGCUUUCCCACACCCGGGGUCGGUAUCCAAAACCUAAGUCUGCCACACGAUCUCAUCGACGCACGCAGCCCCGACGCAGCCCCGACCCUUCUAGAGGGGGCCGCGGCGGGACAUGUGCUUGUGAAGAAUAUCAACAAAGCACUACCACUUCAGCACCCAAAAAUGCUGUCCGUUUUUGGCUACGACGCCCAGGCGCCGCCUACAAAAAACAUUGACAAGCUAUUCGAACUCGGAUACGAGUCCCAGCCGGAAAUGGGUGAUGCCGUCCUGGGUUUUGAGGCACACUUUUCACAACGGGCUCCUGAUGGUGUCAUAUUCGCAGGCGGCCGAAGCGGUUCGAAUGGACCGUCGUAUAUCGAUUCUCCAUUCGGCGCCUUGACUCAACGCGCCAGACAGAACGGGACGUACCUGAACUGGGAUCUAAGCUCUGGCAAUCCGCUUGUCAAUCCCAUGUCCGAUGCAUGUUUGGUCUUUAUCAACGCAAUGGCGACUGAGGGUUGGGAUCGAGAUGGCCUGCAUGACGACUUCAGCGACGGAUUAGUGUUGAAUGUCGCAUCCAAAUGUGCCAACACUAUCGUUGUCAUCCACGCUGCUGGCAUCCGGCUGGUCGACCAGUGGAUUGAGCACCCGAACGUCACCGCUUCGAUCAUAGCGCAUCUCCCUGGCCAGGACAUCGGCGAGUCCCUUGUAAGCUUAUUGUUUGGCGAGAUAUCGCCAUCCGGCAAGCUUCCAUAUACCCUGGCCCGGAACGAGAGCGACUAUGGAGACUUGUAUGAGCCAUGCAAGCCUGCUUCGAAAGACGACCACUUCCCGCAGUGUAAUUACACGGAGGGAGUUUAUAUCGACUAUCGCCAUUUCGACGCGAAGAACAUCGAGCCUCGUUUCGAGUUCGGAUUCGGACUGAGCUAUACCACGUUUGAGUAUACAGGUGGUUCUGUUCAAUCCGCCCCGCUAUCGAGCAAUCUGUCACAGCGCGUUAUUGCAAGUGAUUCGAUCUGGGAAGUAGUGGCCGCCGUUUCAGCUAGGAUUACCAACACCGGGACCGUGACCGCGGAGGAGAUUGCGCAGCUCUACAUCGGCAUCCCAGGCGGGCCGGCGAAGCAGCUCCGAGGCUUUGAGAAGGUGAAGCUUGAUCCUGCGGAGGAGGCCGAGAUAACCUUCGAGCUGACGAGGCGGGACCUGAGUGUCUGGGACGUGGAUUCGCAGAGCUGGGUGAUGCAGCGUGGGCGCUACGACUUGUAUGUAGGCUCGAGUAGCAGGGACAUCCGCUGGAAGGGAGUGUACGAGAUUUGA